CCCCUUUUUAGUUGGAUUCAAUGGUAUGGUAGAACGUGUCUCUCGCGAAUUCUUCUAAAACUGAGAAGAAAUUGCUAACAAAGCAAACCAAGUCAACCUUAGUCAAGGCAACGCCACAAUUAACAAGGAAAUAUCCACAGAAGUUACUCUUCACUCUCAAGUCUUCCUCCAAUCUAGUUUUUCCUGGUUCAAUCCUUCUAGCUCAAGAGGAGAAAAUGGUUACAGAAGCUGUGGUAUUGGCCGUGGGAGGGGCAUUUCUCUCGUCCACUCUGAAUGUACUGUUUGACAGAUUGGCUACUGUGCAGGCCCUCAAGCCGAUGAUCAGCCUCUUCCGGGGUACGAAGUUGAGAGACGAUCUCUUGCAGAAAAUGGAGAUAUUACUGCUAACGGUGGAGAAAGUUUUUGGUGAUGCCGAGGAGAAGCAAAUUCUGAACCCUUCUGUGAAAAAGUGGGUGGACAAGCUUAAAGACGCUGCCUACGAUGCUGAGGAUCUACUGGAUGCGAUGGCAAUUGAAGAUCAGGUUCAGGAGGAGCAGGUAAAAGACUUUAAUACUCGCCUUGACAAAAUUGUUCUAAAACUGCAACUAAUUGCUGAGGAAAAAGACAUCCUUAAUUUGAAAGAAGACCAAGGAGGGAAAUCAAUCCCAAGAUUACCCACAACUUCCCUGGUCGAUGAAUCUGAAGUAUGCCUCAGAAACAAUGAUAAAAAGCAUAUUCUUGAUAUUUUGUUGUCUGAUGGAUUGAAUGGGCAGAAGAUACCUGUGAUUACAAUUGUAGGAAUGGGUGGGAUCGGAAAGACCACCCUUGCUCAGUUUUUGUACAAUGAUGACAGGGUGAAGAACUAUUUUAACUUGAGAGCAUGGGUGUAUGUCUCGGAAGAAUUUGAUGUUUUCAAGGUCACGAAAACAAUUUAUGAGUCUGCCACAUUGUCGAGUUCUGAUAUUAAUGACUUAAACGUGCUUCAAGUUACAUUGGAGAGGACAUUGAUGGGCAGAAAAUUUCUACUUGUCUUGGACAAUGUUUGGAAUGAGAGUUAUAGAGCAUGGGAUCUACUGCUUAGACCCUUACAAGUUGGUGUCCCUGGAAGUAAGAUCAUUGUAACUACACGUAGCCAAACUGUUUCAUCCACGAUGCGUAAUGCGCUUGUUCAUGAUUUGAAGAGGUUAUCUAAAGGAGAUUGCUGGGCAUUAUUUUCAAAGCAUGCAUUUGGAAAUAAAAACCCGAAUGAAGAUUCUACCCUGAAAGGCAUUGGUGAGAAAAUUGUGGAAAAAUGCAGAGGCUUGCCUUUGGCUAUUAAAACACUCGGGAGUCUGCUGCAUUCACAAGUAGAAGCUCAGGAGUGGGACAAUGUACUGAAUAGUAGAAUAUGGGAUCUACCUGCUCACAAGAGUGACAUUUUACCUGCCUUAAGAUUGAGUUAUCACUAUCUUCCUUCUCAUCUAAAGCGCUGCUUUGCAUAUUGUUCCCUAUUUCCUAAGGGCCACAAAUUUGAGAGAAGGGAUUUGGUUCGAAUGUGGAUAGCUGAAGGCCUAGUGCAGCAGCCAAACAGUAGAAGAAGAACGGAGGAAGUAGGCGAGCAGUACUUUCAUGAACUGUUAUCUAGGUCAAUUUUUCAACAAAGUCAUGAUGAAUCACGUUUCAUAAUGCAUGACCUUGUCAACGAUCUAGCUCAAUAUACAGCAGGAGAAUUUUGCUUCAGGUUUGAGAAUGGUAGCCCUCCCCAAAACCCUGCAAGGGUUCGCCAUUUGUCAUGCAUAUUGAAGCCAAGUGACAAGCCUUAUAAAUUUGAGGCCUUCUAUGGAAAAAAUAAGUUUUUGCGGACCUUCCUUCCGCUCAGAUCACCAGGUGAUGGGAAGACUCCUUUCGAUUCUGGAGUCUUCAACAAAUUGUUUCCAGCGCCCAGUUGCCUACGGGUAUUGUCAUUGUCAUCUUACAAUAUCACUAAGUUCCCUGAUUCAGUUUGCAACGUAAAACAGCUACGCUACUUGGACCUUUCUGGCGCUGCUCUUCGAUGUUUGCCUGAAAGAGUAGGCUGUUUGCAUAACUUGGAGACACUGAAGUUGUCAGGUUGUCAUCGUCUCACUCUGUUGCCAGCAAACCUGUGGAAUCUUACCAAAUUAGAGCAUCUUGACAUCAGUGGAACACCUAUCUUGGAGUUGCUUGAUUCAAUUGGCAACUUAAAAGAACUCGGCUACUUGGACCUUUCUGGCACUAAAAUUCAUUUUUUGCCUGAAGGAGUAUGUUCUUUAUAUAACUUGCAGACGCUGUAAUUUGUCACGUUGUCCUCACCUCACUUGUUUGCCAACAUACAUGGAGAAUCUUACCAAAUUGAAGCAUCUUGAU